UGUAUUGGCUGAGUUGGAUGGUCAGUUUGUCCUUUGUGCGAAAGACAGUCGAAUACAAUUGAGAAACGUUUCUACCAAUUGUAAAGUGCUCAGUAUCAGCUUAAAUCGAACAAUAGACCAGUGCUGGUUGAGUGCAUCGUGUGGACGACAUCAAAAUGGAAGCAGAAUUAAAGGCCCAGAUUGCGGCUUUGAAACAAGAGUUGGAAUCCAUGAAAUUAAAUUGUGCUGUGGGUGGCACUUCAACCGUUGCGAAUAUUUCUCGUCUGCCAGAUAUACAUGAGCUUUGUGAAUAUGUCACCGGGUUUGAUCCGAGUUCCCCAACAUGUGCGUCGGCCGAUGCAUGGAUAAAGUCCAUUGAGGAAACCGGCAAUUGUUACGGCUGGUCGAACGAACUAAAAUUGCAAUGUGCGCGAGUGAAUCUAGCCGGUUGUGCAAAGCUAUGGCUUGAAACCUGUCAGCAUUUGGUGAAAACUUGGCUUGCUUUCAAGUCGGAAAUUGUGAAAGGUUUUCCUACAAAGAAGAAUCCGGUGUAUUAUCAUAAUCUGAUGUCCGCCCGAAAAUGGGAAACAGGAGAGGCCAUGGAAGAAUAUGUAUACGAAAUGGCGGCUAUGGCAAAGGUCAUCAUGGAUCCUGCUCAAUCGUUGCACCUUGAUUCCGAUUUUUACGAACCUGUAUUUAUUUGCAACAUUUGUAAAAGCAUAUUGACCGAUCCGGUAUGCCGUAAUGAUCAUAUCACAGCUAUCAAACCAGGAUCUUCGGAAAUUGAUUUUGAAAACCUCAUCAAAUUGACUGUGGUGAACAGCAACAAUGACGUCCAGCCACCCCCAAAUGAUGUGUCAUCAGAAUAUGAGUUGAAGAAUAAAUUGUGCGCUAUAAUACCUCGUACAGAUGAUUCACCGAUUCGUUCGAAACAGUUAUGUCCUGUGUGUGGUGAAAUAUCCGAUGACAAAAACUGUAGAAAAAAUCACGACUUCAAACUGGAAAAAGACAUUUGCACUAACUGCGGUGUAGAAUAUGAUUCAAUAGAAAUGCUUAUCCAGCAUGGCAUAAGCUGCAUUCCAGUAGAUGAGUACUUUGCCAAAACCACUGAAUCAAAGCUGGUGGAGUCAGAGAACGCCGCCGAAGUAGGACACGGUACAUUGGAGCCAGUUGCUACAAGCCUACCGCAUAAUAUUGCUUUGAUCACGGAAAAUGGUACCGGACAAUAUCAAGUAAUGGCUUUGCUUAGUGACGAUUCCGUUAUGAAGGUGGAGGAUUCGAUUUUCUGCCGUAACUUCAGUUUACCACAGACGAACGAUGUGGAUACAGUUUUGGAGUGGGACGAAUCCAUGUCUUUGGCUGUUCUAGAUGUAGAAGAUCCGAGUAGCGAACUAUUACCGAUUGACGAAAAGUACGAUAAGCUUUGUAAACCGGAAUUGGCAGAAGUGGAAAUGCUAAAAAAUGAACCGACAAUUUUGACGAUCCCAGAAAACAAACUUUCGAAUCAUGCACCAGGAGAAAACCGAAAACUUUUGCUCUGUGACAAAUGUGAAAUGGAAUUCCCGGAUGUGGACACGUUCACAACGCACUACUUAGGGCAUGGUAGUGAUGCAAGCUUCAUGUGUCAGUUUUGCUGGCGAAACUAUACUCGACUGUAUUGGUUCCGAGUUCACAUGAAAACCCAUGCCCACCAAAUGCCAAUUGUUUGCAUGUUUUGCGAUGACUACUUCAUGACCACCACAUUGCACGAAACUCAUCUUCGAACAGUUCACCAGUUGAGUAAAGCCGAAAUGGACCAAUUGGUUGAAGCCAUGAAUAAGGAUCAGAAGAAUCCAUUCAUGUGCAUGGAGUGCGGUAAAUGGCUUAAGUCAGAGAAACAUCUUGCUAUGCAUCGGAAUAUGCACGAAAUGGUAGAGGGAAGAAUUAUUCCGAUGGAAUCAAAAGACGGAAAAUUGAAUGCAGCAACUGCAAACAGGCCAGUCUCCGAUAAUCCCACUCUAUUGAAUAAAAGGGCUUCCGGAAAGUCUAAAAUGAAACCGAUUCACAUUUUCGAAUGUAACAUUUGUUCGAAAAAUAUCAGAUCUAUCGAGGAAGUUCGUCUGCACUUGCUAUCCCAUUCUGAAAAUCGUCUCUUCAAAUGUGAAGUAUGCGAUGAGCGGUUCCGAGCGAUGGCACAAUUGCAGCAGCAUCAAUGUGGUGGCGGCAGGUCCAUGGCAUUUCCAGCGGAUUAUCACAAAUGCUGUGAGUGUGGUAAAAUUUUCUCCCAUGCUGCUGGGCUGGCAUGUCAUACCAGGACACACGAAUGUUAUAUGGAGGAUUAUGCGUGUGACAAAUGCCCGUUGAAGUUUAAAGUUUUGAGUGCUUAUCUUAUUCAUCGUGCUAAGUUUCACUGAAUAGCUGGCGUGAAAGUAAUAUAAUAUAUACACAUAUUU